UUAUAUACACACAACACACACCUAUUUUCACCUUUCUUUUACUCCAGAGAGAAAGAGCGGCGCGAGUGAGAAGAAGAGAAAAUGGUGAACGGAUCUGGAAUAUGCGCAAAGGAAGUGGUGGUGGACGCACGUCACCACAUGCUGGGCCGAUUAUCAUCGAUUUUGGCUAAAGAAUUGUUGAACGGACAGAGAGUUACCGUCGUCAGAUGCGAAGAGAUUUGCCUUUCCGGCGGUCUUGUUCGUCAGAAGAUGAAGUAUCUCCGGUUUUUGAGGAAGAGGAUGAACACUAAGCCUUCUCAUGGCCCCAUUCAUUUCCGUGCUCCUUCUAAGAUCCUUUGGCGUACCAUCCGAGGGAUGAUUCCACACAAGACUAAGCGUGGAGCUAAUGCGCUUGCAAGGUUGAAGGUGUAUGAAGGAGUCCCAACUCCUUACAACAGGAAGAAGAGGAUGGUCAUUCCUGAUGCUCUCAAGGUUUUGAGGCUUACAGCUGGACACAAAUACUGCUUGUUGGGUCAAUUGUCAUCUGAAGUUGGCUGGAACCACUAUGAGACCAUCAAGGAUCUUGAGAAGAAGAGGAAGGAAAAGGCCCAAGUUGUGUAUGAGAGGAAGAAGCAGCUCAACAAACUACGUGCUAAGGCUGAGAAGGUGGCAGAAGAAAAGCUUGGCUCACAAUUGGAAAUCCUUGCCCCUGUUACGUACUAAAAAUUAUAAACGUAGUUUGUUGCUAGUAGUUUUGUGUUGGAUGUGGAUGACUCUUUGUAUUUCUGUUUUCAGUACGAGAAUCUCUUCUGUUGGAUUUGAUUAUGUGGAAUUAAACAUUUUUGUUCAA